CCGUCGCGCCGAGGACGCUGGUUAGUCUCGCUCCGGGUUCCGGCUGCGUUGGGCGUGCGUGCAUCUCGCUGAGGCUAUGGCGUCCGGGCCUCACCCGACCGCGACCGCUGCCGCCACCGCCUCGUCGGCCGCCCCGAGCGCGGGCGGCUCUAGCUCCGGGACCACGACGACGACGACGACGACAGGAGGGAUCCUGAUCGGCGACCGCCUUUACUCGGAAGUUUCGCUCACCAUCGACCACUCGCUGAUUCCGGAGGAGCGGCUCUCCCCUACCCCGUCUAUGCAGGACGGGCUCGACCUGCCCAGCGAGACCGACUUGCGCAUCCUGGGCUGCGAGCUCAUCCAAGCCGCCGGCAUUCUCCUCCGGUUGCCGCAGGUGGCGAUGGCAACGGGGCAGGUGUUGUUUCAUCGUUUUUUCUACUCCAAGUCUUUCGUCAAACACAGUUUCGAGAUUGUUGCCAUGGCUUGUAUUAAUCUUGCAUCAAAAAUUGAAGAAGCACCUAGAAGAAUAAGAGAUGUGAUUAAUGUAUUUCACCACCUACGCCAGUUAAGAGGAAAAAGGACUCCAAGCCCCCUGAUCCUUGAUCAGAACUACAUUAACACCAAAAAUCAAGUUAUCAAGGCAGAAAGGAGGGUGCUAAAGGAGUUGGGAUUUUGUGUUCAUGUCAAGCAUCCCCAUAAGAUCAUUGUUAUGUAUUUACAAGUUUUAGAAUGUGAACGUAAUCAAACCCUGGUUCAAACUGCCUGGAAUUAUAUGAAUGACAGUCUUCGAACCAAUGUAUUUGUUCGAUUCCAGCCAGAGACUAUAGCAUGUGCUUGCAUCUACCUUGCAGCUAGAGCUCUUCAGAUUCCAUUACCAACUCGUCCCCAUUGGUUUCUUCUUUUUGGUACUACAGAAGAGGAGAUACAGGAAAUUUGCAUAGAAACGCUUAGGCUUUAUACCAGAAAAAAGCCAAAUUAUGAAUUGUUGGAAAAAGAAGUAGAAAAAAGAAAAGUAGCCUUACAAGAAGCCAAAUUAAAAGCAAAGGGAUUGAAUCCUGAUGGAACUCCAGCCCUUUCAACCCUUGGUGGAUUUUCCCCAGCCUCUAAACCAUCAUCACCAAGAGAAGUGAAAGCUGAAGAGAAGUCCCCAAUCUCUGUUAAUGUGAAGACAGUCAAGAAAGAACCUGAGGACAGACAACAGGCUUCCAAGAGCCCUUAUAAUGGUGUAAGAAAAGACAGCAAGAGAAGUAGAAAUAGCAGGAGUGCAAGUCGAUCAAGGUCAAGAACACGAUCACGUUCUAGAUCACAUACUCCAAGAAGACAUUAUAAUAAUAGGCGGAGCCGAUCUGGAACAUACAGCUCAAGAUCAAGAAGCAGGUCCCGCAGUCACAGUGAAAGCCCAAGACGGCAUCAUAAUCAUGGUUCUCCUCACCUUAAGGCCAAGCAUACAAGAGAGGAUUUAAAGAGUUCAAAUAGACACGGUCAUAAGAGGAAAAAAUCUCGUUCUCGAUCUCAGAGCAAGUCUCGGGAUCACUCAGAUGCUGCCAAGAAACACAGGCAUGAAAGGGGACAUCAUAGAGACAGGCGUGAAAGAUCUCGCUCCUUUGAGAGGUCCCAUAAAGGCAAGCACCAUGGUGGCAGUCGCUCAGGACAUGGCAGGCACAGGCGCUGACUUUCUUCCUUUGAGCCUGCAUCAGUUCCUGGUUUUGCCUAUCUACAGUGUGAUGUAUGGACUCAUAAUCAAAACAUUAAAAGGAUAUUGAUUAGGAUUUGAUUUCUUAAAGCUCUCUAGGUCUCUAGAAACACUGAGGACAUUUUCUUUUGGAAAAAAAAAAACAUUUUUGUGUUUUUUUUUCUUUUUUUUUUUUGGUUAAUUUUUUUUUUUUUUUUUUGCACAUUAAAAUGCCCUAGCAGUAUCUAAUUGAAAACCAUGGUCAGGUUCAAUUGUACUUAUAGUUGUGUAUUGUUUAUUGCUAUAAGAACUGGAAGUGAGUUCUGUAAAAAUGUAUCUUAUUUUUAUACAGAUAAAAAUUGCAGACACUGUCUAUUUAAGUGGUUAUUUGUUUAAAUGAUGGUGAAUACUUUCUUAACACUGGUUUGUCUGCAUGUGUAAAGAUUUUUACAAGGAAAUAAAAUACAAAUCUUGUUUUUCUAAA